GUAAAUUGUCAAAUAUUUGAGAUAUGUAAAUUUUAUCCGCUGUUUUAAUUAUUUGAAAAUUUAAAAUAUUUAUUAUACAUAAUUUAAAAGCUAUAUUACAUUAUUAUUAAAUUAAAUUAUAAAUAUAAUUGUACAAAAUGCCAAGCGAAAUUAUUACGCUUCAAUUGGGUCAAUGUGGGAAUCAAAUUGGAUUUGAAUUUUGGAAAAGGCUUUGUUUAGAGCAUGGAAUAUCACCAACAGGAGUUCUUGAAGACUUCGCAACUGAUGGCUUGGAUCGGAAAGAUGUCUUUUUUUAUCAGGCUGAUGAUGAUCAUUACAUACCCCGUGCAGUUUUACUUGAUCUGGAACCUAGAGUCAUUCACACAAUUAUGAGCUCACCCUAUGCAAAGCUUUAUAAUCCCGAAAAUAUAUAUUUAUCAAAACAUGGUGGGGGUGCGGGAAACAACUGGGCUUCUGGCUAUAGUCAAGGAGAAAAAUUACAGGAAGAAGUAUUUGAUAUUAUAGAUAGGGAAGCAGAUGGCAGUGACAGUUUAGAAGGUUUUGUGUUAUGCCAUAGUAUAGCUGGUGGCACAGGAUCAGGAAUGGGUUCGUACAUCAUGGAAAAACUUUCCGACAGGUUUCCAAAAAAAUUAAUUCAAACAUACAGUGUGUUUCCAAAUCAAGAUGAAAUUAGUGAUGUUGUUGUACAGCCAUAUAAUUCUAUGUUAACAUUAAAACGUCUUACAAGUUGUGCUGAUUGUGUCGUUGUUCUUGAUAAUACUGCUUUAAACAGAAUCGCAACCGAUAGGUUACAUAUACAAAACCCAAGUUUCACACAAAUAAACUCAUUAGUUUCAACAAUAAUGUCGGUUAGCACAACAACACUAAGAUAUCCUUCUUAUAUGAAUAAUAACUUAAUUGGGUUAACAGCACCGUUAAUUCCUACACCUCAAUUACAUUUCCUUAUGACAGGUUAUACGCCGCUUACAACAGAUAGUGACCAAACGGUUAACGUUCGAAAAACAACAGUUCUAGACGUUAUGAGACGAUUGUUGCAACCAAAGAAUAUGAUGGUAUCGACAGGUCCAGAUAAAACAAAUCAUCAUUGUUAUAUUUCAAUUUUGAAUAUUAUUCAGGGUGAAGUUGAUCCAACUCAAGUUCAUAAAUCAUUACAACGUAUUCGUGAACGUAAGUUGGCUCAAUUUAUACCUUGGGGUCCAACAAGCAUUCAAGUUGCUCUUUCAAGAAGUAGUCCAUAUGUUCAGAGCAGUCAUAGAGUUUCCGGUUUAAUGUUAGCAAAUCACACAAGCAUUUGUUCACUUUUUGAACGGGCAUUAAACCAAUAUGAUAAAUUAAGAAAACGUGGAGCGUUCUUAGAUCAAUUUCGUCGUGAAGAUAUGUUUAAAGAUGAUUUAUCUGAAUUAGACAUCUCACGGGAUGUCGUUGAUUGUUUAGUGCAAGAAUAUGAGGCUGCAACGCAGCCAAACUAUUUACAGUGGUCGGCUAAAAAAACAGAAACGUAAUCAUAUUUUAUUUUCAUCGUUUUUUAAAGGUAACUCAAAAAUUGAACACAAUUUAAUUACGUUGCACAUUAUUUUAUGGCAUUUUAAACAUUUAACCAUGUGAAAUCGUUGUUCUUUGGUUUUUCAUUAAAAAAUUUAUUUAAGUUUUGAAGUUGAUAUUAAAUUUUAGAAAAUAGAAUACUAUCAAGGGAAUCUUAUCGAUUGUUUUUUGUUUGACUGAAUUUU